AUGUCCAACAGCGAAGUAGCGCAAAAUAGCUUUAAUCCAUCAUGGUAAGUAGUUCACAAAUAUUUUUGUGUUGCUUUAUAUUUUUAGAGUUGGGUUAUGAUUUAUUUUGUAUAAUUUAUGUUAUUCAGGAUGCAAACAACGGCACCGAAAGCUCCGCGGCCUAAUGGUAUUAGCAGAGCGGCGGAAGAGGAUACUGGUGUAAGCUUUUGUACAUUUUUUAUUUUGUAUUUUAUUCGGCUUUUUAGGCUUUUGAGUUGGAAAAAGAGCUAAAUUAUCAAUGAUAAUAUAGAAUCGAUUUUUUGAACGUUUACCUUUGAGGCAUUGAUUGAUGUUAUGAUUGAUUUUUUAAGUCUUAUUCAUAAUUUAGAUAUAAAUUAACUUAUUUUGUUUAUAUUUUAGGAAAUGGUUGAGCCUGUGUUUGCCAAACAUCGGUAUGGACGUGAAGACAUCUUGGCUUUGAAGCCACGUGAUUCCAAGCCUCCAGAUGGAUUGAGCGUCUGCCCCUUCUUCGUGGAGAAGCCUUUGGUUCCGAUUAUAUUGAGCGAUUUGAAUGAAACUGAACUGGUGGGCAUAAAAUACCGGAGAUAAUUUAGUUUUUGACUUUUGCAGCGGUUGCAACAGAACAUAAAUUCCAGCAAAGCGUUGAGUGCGUUGCCUCGAGCCGAGUGGCCAGGGAAGGAAGGAGAGGCGGCGGGCAGUCCUGCUCACGUAUCGUCUAAUCCUUGGACUGUUGCUGGUAAGAUUUUAUAUUGUUUUUUAAAUUUAGGUAUAUGAGGUCGAAUAUUGAUAUGGUAAACGAAGAAAGUCAAUUUCAAAUUCAAGAGGUUGCAAAAAACUUACUUUUUAUAAAAAAAUGUGAAAAAUUGGUUUUCAGGUAGUAAUAAGAACUCGUCGUUCCGAUCUAAUAACCGAUGGACUACGGUUGGUGGAAAUCCAAGUUCGGAACCCCGAGGGUCGAAGUUUCCUUUCUCGAAUCGUGCCAAUUACGGAUCCCCAGCGAAUGGAGAAAAGAAGCCUAAGUCAAGUCCAUGGAGCGAAACCAAAAGGCAACAUCAGACUAGUGGGAGUGAUGAAGGUAAUGGCACCACGAAUGGUGAUCCGGACAUCUCAGCUGACGUCUGGGGAUCUUCUUGGCGAUCUGUCGAUACGAAAGGGUAAUUUUUAAAAUUUGUUUUGUACAUUUAGUUAUGUUUUUAAUAUUUAAGAUUAGAAAGCUAAAAGAUAUCAGGAAAUUUAGUGAUUUUAUGCUGUUGUCACGUUGAAAUGUUAUGUAAUUGACUAAUAAUAUACAUGCUUUAGAGAGAAGAAGCAGGAAAAUACUCGAAAAGAAAGCCAAGAAAGCUUUUCUCGAGGAUUUGGUCGAGGUGGUGCUACGCCGUGGAACAAGGUCGAAGCUGUAUGGGGUGCUCCAGAUGUGUCAAAUUUAACCGACAAUACAGAGAACUUAGCCAUUCGAACAGAACCAGUGAGUUAUUCUUACUGUUUUAUAUUAAACUUGCACGUCUUUGAUUUUUGUUCUUUUUUGUUUUAUGUUACCUUGUUUACUUUCAGGAACUCGAUAACAGUUCUGAGCAACAAAAUAUACUAAAUUCUUUUGCUCAACAAAGUACAGUAGACCAGUGGUUUUACUUGGAUCCCAGUGGAGUUCAACGAGGGCCUUUUGAGACGAAGGAGAUGCAGGCGUGGUUCUCUAGCGGGUACUUCCAUCCCGAGCUACAAAUCAUGAAGCCUGGUGAUGCAGCCUACACUCCACUAGGUAAGAAUUCUUGGGGACAUGAUUGGUAUUUGGGUUCGCUAUUUUAGGUAUAUUCAAAAAAAAGUUGAUUUAAAACGUGUUUACUGCGUAUUUUUAUAUAAUUUCUAAAGCGAGUAUGAAUUGCUUUUCAGGUGAACUUAUAAAGACAAAUGGUGCCCUCACUCCGUUCAUCGAAAAGAAGCGAUCUCAGAAGCUACCCCAAUCUCCACCAGUCGCAAGUACCCAACCUGCUCGAAAUGCUUGGCAGUCAACCAGUUCAAGCAAAGAAGAUAGUGCACAAACAAAGCCGGAAUUGUCUAUAGACCAGCUACGAUUAGAAGAAAAGGAGAGAGUCCUACAGGAAGAACAAAGGAGGCUUAAGGAAAGAGAAGAGAACAUCAAACGAGAAGAACAGGAACGGCAGGAAAGGGAACGCAAGAUCAAGGAGAGGGAAAUGGAGCUGUUGAGGAAACAGGUAAGAAAAAUGUCAAAAUAGAAUUUUUCUUCGUAUUUUUACGUUUUUCGAGUAUGUAAAUUUGCAUUUCUUGUAUGAAAAGAUAACUUUGAUAUUCUAGGAAGAAGUUCAACGAUUUGCAUUGGAAAAGGAGAAGGAACUCGAAAGGAAACGAAUUCAGGUCCUUGAGUACGAGCAACAAAGGCGAGAGGAGUUGAGACAAUUUGAAGAACAACGACUACAUGUGAUCCAAGAAGAACAAGAGAAACGUCGUCAAGCCGAAUUGGACUUUGUCCGACAAGAACAAGAACGACAAAGAUCUCAAAUGGAGCUGGAAAAAGUUCGACGAGAAGAAGAGGAGAAACAGCAAAGAGAAGCCGAGUUUUUGGCCGAAGAACAAAAGCGACGACAAAGAGAGCAUGAACUUCAACGGGAACAAGCAGAAAGAAUCAGAAGGGAGCACGAAGAGGAACUUCAACGUCAGCAACAACAGGCUAGGGCAGCCGCUUCUGCAGCAGCUAAUGCAGCUUCAUCUAAAGGUAAUGGUCGUAUCUUAAUUGAUUUUAGAAUUUUAGGUAAUAAGGUUUUGAGAAAAAAUGAAAUUGUUGCGAUAAACGUUAACAGUCUUUUUUUCAGCUCCAUGGUUGAAUGCGACGAAGAAACAGAAGGUUGUCACUCCAGACGACUUGUCCAACAAAACUUUGCUUGAAAUCCAGAUGGAAGAAGAGAAAAAGUUGAUGAAGAGGCUAGAGGAAGAAGAGAAACAGCGUCAAAUUGAGGCUGCUAACAAGAAGCCAGUUUGGAGCAGCCAGUCGACGGGUAGUGCUUGGAGUGUUCCAAAGAACGUUCCUCAACCUGUCCCAAUUCCACCAGUAAAAGAAGCUCCUAAACAAGUAAAGGCCGAGAAGAAAAAGGUAAGACGAAAAAUAAUUCAAUCUUCUUUUUCUAGUUAUACUGUUUUGUACAUGGUUUGGCUAUAUUACUUUACGAUUUGUUUUAGUCGACCCAGAAGAAGGAGCCCUCUGAAAGCAAACACGAAGAUUCCUUGACGGCGUGGGUGAUACAACGAGUACGUCAAUUAAAUUCGAGCGUGGAACCAGACAUAUUUGCCACGUUUUUGUUGAGUAUUGAGUCUCCAAAUGAGGUCGAGGACUACGUUCUGACUUACUUUGGAGAGAACAAGAACGCCAAAGAGUUUCACCAAGAGUUCUUGGCCAAACGAAUAGAGCUCCGACCUCGUCGUCGAGUAGCUGAUAAAGAUGUAGGUUUUUUGUUAAUGUGUUUUUGAUUGUAGGUAUAAGUUGAAAGUAACAGCUUCAUUUAAGUAUUGUGCACAAAAAGAAAUUUUUGCUUAGAUUUUCUUUUUUAAUAUUACCGUACAUUUUGCAGGAUCUCUCGGGUCCAGCGGCAGCGGCCACGAAUAUUGCGGGCAACAACGGCACGCCUGUCGCCGGAUCGACUCCCGGAAACAGCGCCAAAGCGAAGAAGAACAAGAAAGGGAAGAAAGUGGUGGACGGACUGAUUUUAGGCUUCCGGCCCGCCGGCGAUCCCAACCGACUGAACGUCGGCGAAAUCGACACAACCCCACCCACACCUCUGAAGCGUCGCUAA